GCGGGAGGCUUCUGGGAGUUGAAGUCCAGCGCCUCAGGAAGGCGCUCGCAUCAAGAAGGCGGCGAAGCAUGGACAGUCCCCGCUCUUUUCCCUCAUGGAACAGAGAGAUGUAGGCACCUUCCCCUUGGCGCCGGCUUGGCGGGCGAAACUAGCGGCCGCCGGUUUCCAAACGGCCCAAGAGGUGCUAGAGGUCGGGCCUUGCCAGCUGAGCAAAGAGAUUGGCAUUUCUAAAGAGGAUGCGCUAGAAAUUUUAAAGGUGAUCAAACAGGAACGGCACAGUGAUGGAGCAAAGCCUUCUGAGGAACCAGAAACCUUUAGGAAAUGUACAGCUCUGGAACUUUUGGAAAAAGAGCAGACUCAAGGUUUCAUCAUCACCUUUUGCUCUGCACUGGAUGACAUCCUCGGUGGGGGUGUGCAGCUAACCAAAAUUACAGAGAUCUGCGGAGUGCCAGGUGUCGGGAAGACGCAACUGUGCAUGCAACUUGUGGUGGAUGUUCAGAUUCCAGAAUGCUUUGGUGGACUUGCUGGAGAAGCUAUAUUCAUAGAUACCGAGGGAAGCUUUAUGGUUGACCGAGUUGUGGAUAUAGCAGAAGCCUGCAUUCAUCACUGUCGGCUGAUUGCUGAAAUGCACCCAGAAGAAGAUCAUCAAAUAGCUUUGGAGACUUUCUCUCUUGAAAAUAUUCUUUCACAUAUCUAUUACUUCCGUUGCCAUGACUAUAUGGAGCUACUGGCACAGAUUUACCUCCUCCCAGAUUUCCUCUCUGGACACUCAAAGGUACAGUUGAUUGUGAUUGAUGGAAUUGCUUUUCCUUUCCGCCAUGACUUUGAAGAUCUCUCGCUGCGAACGAGACUUUUGAACGGCCUGGCCCAACAGCUGAUAUGUAUCGCAAAUGACCACACCUUAGCUGUAGUGUUGACCAAUCAAAUGACCACACGCUUUGAACAAAGUCGUUCCUCUUUGGUUCCUGCCUUAGGGGAAAGCUGGGGUCAUGCAGCUACCAUCCGUUUAAUUUUGCACUGGAAUAACAAACAGAGGUUGGCAGUGUUGUACAAGUCUCCAAGUCAGAAGGAGUCAACUGUACCCUUUUGCAUUACAUCUCAUGGAUUCAGAGAUGUUCAGCUUUCACAUUCAAAUCUGAUCCCAGCAGAAAACGAAGCAAAUCCUCGUAAAAGGCCACGGAUAGAACAGGUAGAAGAACAGUGAAUCAGAAAAAUAAAUUCUAACUAUGCUUCCAUUUGAAAAUAAUAGUACAGUACUACAGACGGAUAUCAAGGUACUCCAAAGAAUAACAUGAAUAAAAAGAUACAUUUAACGUGAAUCUAUGUGAU